AUGUCGUCGGGUGUGUUGGUGAACUCGGAGUGUCAAAGUGUGUUCCAGCAGCUGUCGGAGGGCAAGCACAAGCUGCGCUACAUAAUCUACAAAAUUGAGGACAAGGAGGUGGUCGUCGAGGCGGCCGUCUCUCCGGACCAGCUGGGCGUUACAAGCGACGAUCAUGACGAGAACUCGAAAACAGCCUAUGAAGCGUUCGUGAAGGAUUUGAGAGAACGAACAAAUGGUUUUACGGACUGCCGCUAUGCUCUCUGUCCGGAUGGCGCACCAAUAAAGAAGAAGAUGGUUUAUGCAUCAUCCGCCUCUGCGAUCAAGUCUUCAUUAGGAACCGCUAAAAUUCUUCAAUUCCAG